GAACGCAUCCCAGCAGCAGUCACAAUGGUCUGAGCAGCCCGAGAGAGAGAGACUGUGUGUGUAUUUUGAUAUUUUGGUGCACGGUGACCGGAGUAAUCAACAUAUGGAUCUAAUUUCUUCUACAACAUACCGACUGUCAGGCAUGGCCGACUUACAUUCACGGAUAAGUCCGCUGUGGUUGCUAUGAAAACACUGCACACCGCAGAUAGAGCCCUCGCUUUUACACGGAGAGGUUAUGCCAGUACUAGUCCUGACAUUACAACGUUUCUUUCUAUGUUCGUGUGUAUAUCACAGGCUCGUUUUAACAUAGUUUGCGGUGUGUUUAGUGUCGUAGCUUGUUAAAUGUAGAGCUAGCAGAACACGGAGCGGAGUUACGGAUGUUGAAACUUCAGCCAGGACACAACAAGAAGCAAAGAUGAACAGGAAGAAGGAUAAAGGAUUUGAGAGCCCUCGCCCCUUUAAAUUGACCCACCAGGUGGUUUGCAUCAACAACAUCAACUUCCAGAGGAAAUCCGUCAUUGGCUAUGUUGAGUUGACCAUUUUCCCAACAGUGGUCAACCUGAACAGGAUCAAGCUAAACAGUAAACAGUGUCGCAUCUACAGGGUCCGAGUCAAUGACCUGGAAGCCCCAUUCAUUUACAAUGACCCGACACUGGAGGUGUGCCACCAUGAGUCCAAGCAGAGGAACCUGAACUACUUCUCCAGUGCCUACACAGCAGCAGUGAGUGCUGUGGACCCUGAUGCAGGACACGGGGAGCUCGUCAUCAAAGUUCCCUCUGAACUGUGGAAACAAGGAGAUGAUUUGAAAGUGUUAAAGGUGUACAUAGAAUUUUCUCUGGACCAGCGAAAAGGGGCUCUCCACUUUGUUGUUCCAGAUAUAGAGGGCAGUAUGGCAGAGAGAGGAGCUCACGUGUUCUCCUUUGGGUACCAGAACUCCACCAGAUUCUGGUUCCCCUGUGUGGACUCCUACUCAGAGUUGUGCACGUGGAAGCUGGAGUUCACCGUGGACGCUUCCAUGGUGGCGGUGUCUUGCGGCGAUCUGGUCGAGACCAUCUACACACACGACAUGAGGAAGAAGACAUACCACUAUGUUCUCCCCAUCCCCACCGCGGCCCCCAACAUCUCCCUGGCUGUGGGGCCCUUCGAAAUCCUCGUAGACCCCUACAUGCAUGAGGUGACCCAUUUCUGCCUGCCACAGCUGCUGCCACUGCUCAAACACUCCAUGUCUUACCUUCAUGAGAUUUUUGAGUUCUACGAGGAGAUCCUCACAUGCCGCUACCCUUAUGCUUGCUUCAAGACCGUGUUUGUGGACGAGGCCUACGUACAAGUGGCCUCCUACGCUUCCAUGAGCAUCUUCAGCACCAACCUGCUCCACAGUGCUAUGAUCAUAGACCAGACCCCACAGACACGCAGCUGUCUAGCCCAGGCUUUGGCUCAGCAGUUCUUUGGUUGUUUCAUCUCCAGGAUGUCAUGGGCCGAUGAGUGGGUGUUGAAGGGAAUCUCGGGCUACAUCUACGGCCUCUACCUGAAAAAGACCUUCGGAGUCAAUGCGUACCGGCACUGGAUCAAAGAGGAGCUGGACAAGAUUGUGGAUUAUGAACUGAAGAUGGGAGGAGUUCUGCUUCACCCAACCUUCAGUGGAGGCAAAGAGAAGGACAAUCCAACUCCCCACCUUCACUUUUCCAUCAAGCACCCUCACACAUUGUCCUGGGAGUACUACAAGAUGUUCCAGUGUAAAGCCCACCUGGUGAUGAGGCUGAUAGAAAACAGGAUCAGCAUGGAGUUCAUGUUGCAGGUGUUCAACAAGCUCCUGAGUCUGGCCAGCACAGCCUCAUCCCAGAAGUACCAGAGUCACAUGUGGAGUCAGAUGCUUCUGUCUACCCACGCCUUCCUCAAAUCCAUCUCCAACGUCUCCGGCAAAGACAUCGGCCCUCUCAUCAAACAAUGGGUAGACCAGAGUUCUGUAGUGAAAUUCUUCGGGAGUUUUGCCUUCAAUAGGAAGAGGAACGUGCUCGAGCUGGAGAUCCGUCAGGACUACACAUCAUCUGGAACUCAAAAAUAUGUGGGUCCCAUCAAGGUGACGGUGCAGGAGCUGGACGGGUCCUUCAACCACACGCUGCAGAUAGAGGAGAACAGCCUCAAACAUGACAUCCCCUGUCACUCAAAGAGCAGGAGAAACAAGAAAAAGAAGAUCCCUCUGAUGAACGGAGAGGAAGUUGACAUGGAUUUAUCAGCUAUGGAUGCUGAUUCUCCUCUCCUCUGGAUCCGAAUUGACCCAGACAUGUCCAUCCUGAGGAAGGUGGAGUUUGAGCAGGCUGAUUUCAUGUGGCAGUACCAGCUGCGCUAUGAGAGGGACGUGGUUGCACAGAUGGAGUCCAUAUCAGCAUUGGAGAAGUUCCCCACUCCUGCCUCCAGACUGGCUCUGACUGACAUCCUAGAGCAAGAACAGUGUUUCUACAGAGUCCGAAUGCAGGCCUGCUUCUGUUUGGCCAAGAUCGCCAACUCCAUGGUGAGCACGUGGCAGGGCCCGCCAGCGAUGAAAUCCCUGUUCACCAGAAUGUUCUGCUGCAAGAGCUGCCCCAACAUCGUCAAGACCAACAACUUCAUCAACUUCCAGAGCUACUUCCUGCAAAAGACAAUGCCGGUUGCCAUGGCGUUACUCCGAGACGUGCAAAACCUCUGUCCCAGAGAUGUCCUCAACUUCAUCCUCGACCUCAUCAAGUACAACGACAACAGAAAAAACAAAUUUUCAGAUAACUACUACCGUGCAGAUCUGAUCGAAGCACUGACCAACUCUCUGACCCCAGCCAUCAGCAUCAGCAAUGAAGUACGGACGGUCGACAACUUGAACGGCGACGUGCGACUCAUCUUAGAGGAGAUCACCCGAUUCCUAAACAUGGAGAAACUGCUGCCCAGCUUCAGAAACACCAUCACUGUCAGCUGUCUGAAAGCGAUUCGUCAGCUUCAGAAGAACGGUCAUAUUCCCAGUGACCCGUCACUCUUCAAGUCCUACGCAGAGUACGGACACUUUGUUGAUGUUCGUGUCGCUGCGCUGAAGGCUCUGGUGGACUACACUAGAGUUGAAAGGAGUUCAGGAGAGCUGCAGUGGCUGCUAGACAUGGUUCACAAUGACCCAGUUCAUUAUGUCAGGCACAAGAUCCUGGGUAUGCUCUGUAAGAAUCCACCUUUCACCAAGAAUACAGAAUCAGCUCUGUGCAACGAAGCUCUGGUCGACCAGCUGUGGAAGCUCAUGAACUCAGGUACUUCCCACGACUGGCGGCUACGCUGCGACGCUGUGAACCUCUACCACACAUUGUUUGGUCUGACCCGUCCUUCAUGCCUGCCCCUGCCCGAACUGGGCCUGGUACUGAACCUGAAGGAGAAGAAAGCUGUCCUAAACCCCACAAUCAAGCCAGACCUGGGGCUCCCUGCCAUCAUGGACACAGCAGCCAGCAUAGGCAUCCAUGGUGUCGGCAUGUGCUACACGACUUCUACAAGUGACUUUUUGUUUGCUCUCUUCCAGGUGGAUGAAGAGCCAGAUCCUAUUUCAUUAGGUGUGUGCGGAGUAGGCCAGCCCCCUCAAGGCCUCAAGAGAAAGGCCGAGACCCCGCUGGGCUCCCCUCCAGAGCCGGGCCAGAUACUGCAGCAACAGGAUGACGACGGAAGUAGAGGCCGCUUCAAGAUCAGGUUCAACACGAUGGAAGAGGAGGAUAUUGAUAUGGAGACAGUUCAUGAUAGUCAGGCCUUCAUUCACCAUCAUCUAAACCUGCUUGAGAGACCCUCUACACCAGGUAAAGAGCCGCCGUCAGUAGAGCAGGCCAUACUCUCCAUGCCCGCCACGCCCGUGCCGUCCUUCUCCAAAGAGACCACCUCCUCCUCGUCGAAGCAUGCGGGCGAGCACGGCCACCACCAUCACCACCACCACCACGAGCACAAGAAGAAGAAGAAGAAGCACAAGCACAAACACAAGCACAAGCACAAACACGAGAGCAAGGACAAAGAGAAGGACAGAGAGAGGGAUAACUCACACGCUUACAGCAACAGCCCGGCCAGCGGCAGGUCCCUGCGCUCGCCGUCGCUGUCCGACUAAACAUCUGGAGGGGACGUUUGCUUUCCCAGCUACUGCGGGUUCAGUCAGGGUUAACUGAAGUAGCAGGCUUGCAUCUCCUGUGAGUCCUGAGGCAGAAAUAGAAAGGAAAAUAUGUUUAGUUUGAAUAUUCUAACUGGACAGAAAGUUAAAGAAAAGGAUGCUGUGUGAGUGUUGUAAUCCUCAGAUAAACAGCAGCACUGAGUCAUCUGCUCCAGAGAGGAAACACGGAAUCCUGAACUGAGGCUUCAGUGUCAUCGAGGCGAACCCUCCAGAAGAGUCCUUGUGUUCAACGGGCCCGGCAGCAGCUCCAGGACCUUUUUAAAUCUGCUUCCAGGCCGUCUGAGGCAUGCAACCACACACACCUCUCUCCAAAAACAGUCAAACACAGCCUCAGCCUCAUCCCCGCAGCUCAAUACCAACAUUCAGUUGAGUGGCUCCUGACAGGAAACAUGAGUGAUUGUGGUGUGGAUUUAAACCAUUCUGUCUGGAUGAGGCCUCUGGUGUCUCUAACAUUCUGUAAAAUGACCUUCCUCUGUUUGCUCACACUUGAAAAUGAAACAGAGGAAUUUCCCCAUACUGUACAAACUCCAACUCAAGUAAUACUAGUAUGUGUUUUUUUCUACUUUUUGUUUCUCCAACUGUCAUCAUUGAUUAAAGAUGCUUUUCUAUU